AACCCUCUCCGCACAACACGUGAUUGAGGUCUGUAAGAGAGUGGUGCUGGAACAGAUGUCCACCUUUGCCAACUCGGUGAAAAGGACGUGUGCCGCCGUGUGCCCACUCUAUGGAGACGUCCCCUUGGGUGCCCCCGGUCCCUCUGGACAAAAGGGACCCCCGGGACCUCCAGGUGGUGAUGGUAUUGCCGGUGUGAAUGGAGAGAUCGGACAACCAGGAUUCUAUGGGGAGGUAGGAGACGCAGGCCAACAAGGACAGCCAGGGGAUCAAGGAGAUCAAGGAGAUAAGGGAGCAGAGGGCCAUGGCCUACCUGGCUACAUCGGGGACCAGGGACCAAAGGGCCAACGUGGAAGACCUGGCAGAGCCUUCAAUGGCACACCAGGACAAGAGGGCGAGAGAGGCCAUGUAGGCCGGCCUGGACUGAGAGGUCACCCAGGACUACGAGGAGUCCCAGGCGUGUGUCAGACCACUGGGUGCGCUCUGCUAAACAACAACACAACCAACGGAUCACCUCAGAAUGCACCCCAGAGGUUGAGAAGACACCCAUAGAGGCAAAGAGGACAUUUUUGACCAAGCUGCAUGGAUGUAAUAAUAAAGGGAGAGAGGAGGAGAGGGGGAGAGGUGGAUUAGGGAGAUGUGGAUUGGGAGAGAGAAGAUAAAUGUAUUCAAAUCAAAGUCUAAAUAAAUGCUUCAAUGUAAAUAUGCAUCCAAUCUCCACCCUGAAUGACUGAGAUAUCCAUUUUACUUUCUCAAAUAAAUCUUUUGUAGAAACUUGUACUGUUGGCCUUAAAACAACACUCCAUUCUCAUGGUUCAUUUGAAAAAGACACCAAUAGCUACGGUAUUAUUUUUGUUAAAAAUGAUGAAAGUUUAUUUGACACAUUUUAUUGAAACUGAUCCUAGUUGUCUUCAA